AAAAAACCAGCAGUGCACUUCUACUUGAGAAAUACGCGGCAUAUCAGGCGACCUAUGCUGAGGCCUUAAUAGACAUUUUGACGGCCAGCCUAUUGGAUGCCGGGAACCGGAUAUAGCCCCCACGUCGCCAUAGGCGGCAUACAAGGUGAGGCUGUACGACGGGCUGAUCUGUAGGCUUGAGGAGAGAGACACGCAAGAAAACAGGCUUUGCUUUCAAAAUAUCACUGAAUCUCCCAUCCGUCAAAAACUACUUCCAGAUAAUAACUUUUGCACAUGCAUACCUUACCACCGUAGCCUGUUCUCAAUUCUUCGAAGCAAGAGCACUGUUGAAACAUUUGCGCGAGAAAGAAGAGGAACAAAAGGACAAAACAAAGCUCGUCGAUGAUGCCACAACAGAUACCUUGGGUGAUAUAAUCACAGCUGAAACGGUCAGUUUCGACACUUCGACUGUUGCAGACAUCCAGUUUCCAGGCAGGAGCUACCAAAACCCCGUUUCAAGCUUACCAGCCGUGUUCCCAUGGCACAACCCGACACCAUGUGAAAAGUGCGAUGAGAAGAUGAUGACUACAAGAAGGACACUGGCAGUACAGCAGAUGCUCACUUCGAAGACCAAGCAUAUAUAACCGACCAUGUGAGUCUGAAAUGUGCAUUUGAUACAUAAACCUCCUCGGAUGUUACACCAUUGUUGGUAGCUAGGCUGACACCAAAUAUAGUGUGUUUUCGAUAUGCAAUAUGCCUUCUUCGUAACGAUGGGUGGGCUCACAGUGAGGCACCAAGAAAGCGACAUAGAUGAAGGGCACAAAAUGCGCACAUGUAUAAUCUCUGCCCAUCUUGCAAAGAAGGUAGCAGAUCAAGAUGUCAAAGCACUGAUACUGCCAAGGUCCUUCAUAAUGCAUCAGAGCAAGGCGGACUUCUUCAAGAAAUCGCUGGUUGUUAUCCAAGUUAGUUGGGUGAUUAUUGAGUGUGCUGCGCGCAAGGUAUAUGGCUUACCACUCAGUCUGUUGGAGCUGCACAUUAUGGUACAUGUGGUUUGUGCAAUUUUGAUGUAUGCCUUUUGGUUUAAUAAACCCCUUGACCUCCAAGGCUCCUACGAAGUCAAAGACCGAAACGCCAUGAAAACUAUCCACAGAGCGGCCAAAGAAACAGACUCGCUUUUCUAUAGAAACCAUGGCAAUAUUCUCAACUUUCAGCACAAACUCGUACCCAAAGACCCCUUCGACUUCCUCCUCAAAGCCCUGGCCUAUGUCUAUCAUCACGUGUUAGCAGUAUUUAGCUCUCCCGUCCUACCUGUGGCCUACGGUGGUGUUCAUCUUUCGGCUUGGAACUUCGAAUUUCCCACUGUUCAAGAGGCCGUUAUCUGGAAGGUGUCCUCCAUUAUCAUCGCAUCUACAGGACCAGCUCUGAUAUUGGCUACACUCUUUGCAGCCGCUUUUUCUUGGCUGAUUCUCGGUAGCUGGUGCGACGAACCAGAGCAUUACGAAUCGGAUGAUGAAGUCGCAGUGUUGGGCCAGGCGGUUAUGCCCCUUCUCAUCACCCCUUUCAUAAUCGGUAUCACCAUGCUAAUUGUGAUGCUGGCCGCCCGCGUGUUCUUGGUAGUGGAGGUCUUCAUCAGUUUACGGGCCGCACCUCUAGGUGUGUUUUAG